CAAGUCUUAUCAGAGCGUAUUUUAAAAAAUUCUAAAGGACUUUCAUAUUGCAUGAAAAGAUUGAAACUAUUCUCUACAAAAUUCUUCAACAUAUCCUCCUUUUUUCAAAUCGCCUUUUACUUCAAAAUGUCUUCGAAAAUCCUCUUCUCCUUCCUCUUUCUACUUGUUCUUCCUUUUUCGAGUUCUUCGGAUAGAACAUCCUGGAUAAAAUCCGGGUUUUGGUAUGGUGGCAGUAUGUUUCCAAUACCUGAAAUUCCUUCCAAUAUGUACACACACCUUCAUGUUGCCUAUGCAUAUAUCAACACUUCGAAUUUCGAGCUUUACAUAAGAGACUCUGAUGAACCAUAUAUCUCAACCUUUACCAAAACUGUGAAACAAAAUAAUCCAUCAGUUAUAACACUUCUAUCCAUCUUGGGAGGAAAUGAUGAUCAAUCCCCUGACUUUUUCGCGAUGACUAGUGAAUUUUUGCGUAGAAAAUCAUUCAUCACAACGUCAAUACAAACUGCUCGACGAUACGGAUUUCAAGGGCUGGAUCUUAUUGGUGUCAAACCAAAUACAGCUACAAACAUGACUAAUAUGAGAACAUUCAUUGAAGAAUGGCGAACAACGAUUAAUUCUGAGUCCAACAAUUCAUUGAUCUUGACUAUGGGAGCAUACUAUUCACCAAUGAUAGAUCAAUCGAUGAAAUAUCCAGUAGAAACAAUUGUUAGAAACUUCGAUUGGGUUCAUCUCAGAACAUAUGACUACUACUUGCCUAUGGAUACCAACGUUACACGAGCACAUUCAGCUUUAUAUGAUCCUACUAGCACACGAAAUACAGAUUAUGGUAUAAAAGAAUGGAUCAAGAGUGGCUUACCAGCUAAUAAAAUCGUUAUAGGUUUAGCAUACCAUGGCUAUACGUGGAAGCUUGUGAAUCCAAAUGAUAACAUGGUAGGCUCACCUGCGAGAGGUCUAGAAAUGACAGAGGGUGGAUCGAUAAACUACAGAAUGAUCAAGAGAUAUAUGAAAAGUUAUGGAGCCAUACCUGUCUAUAACUCAACUUAUGUUGUAAACUAUGUUACUAUUGGAUCAUCUUGGUAUGGUUAUGAUGAUGUUGAGGCUAUAAGAACUAAAGUUUCUUAUGCGAAGGAUAAGGGGCUUCGCGGUUUUGCUGCAUUCCAAAUUCCUAGUGAUGAUGUCGAUUGGGAGCUUUCAAAAUCAGCCUCAGACGAAAAAGAAGAAGAAGACCAACGUGGUAGCAAGCGAAGGUUACUAGCAAUUCUUUUGCCAACGAUCACCAUCACCAUCACCAUUCUCGUAAUAAGUACAAUAGUGUGUAUCUUGAAAAAGAAAACGAUAACAUCUGAAGGUAUCGAGGAAUUGAACGAAAGAGGUAUAGGUCGCAAUCUGAAAGUUUUCAGCUUUGAUCAAAUAAAAGAAGCUACAAACAAUUUCUCCAUCAAAAACAAGAUUGGAGAGGGAGGCUUUGGACCUGUUUAUAAGAUCAUGAAGGAUCGGACCUCUAAAUCAUACUCCUUAUUGUCCCAGGGAAGGUUAAGUGAUGGACAAGAAAUCGCAGUAAAACGUCUUUCAGAAUGCUCUAAGCAAGGAGUAGAAGAGUUUCAGAAUGAGGUAUCACUUGCUUCAAAGUUACAACAUGUCAAUGUUCUACAACUUCAGGGGUUUUGCAUCGAAAGAAAAGAGAAAAUAUUGAUUUAUGAGUACAUGCCAAAUAAGAGCUUGGAUUUCUACCUUUAUGACCCGGUGAAGAGCCUGAAAUUAGACUGGGAGACGCGAAUUUGUAUUAUAGAAGGAAUUACUCAAGGACUAUUAUACCUUCAAGAGUACUCAACAUUCACAGUAAUUCACAGAGACUUGAAAGCAAGCAACAUUUUACUAGACGACGAGAUGAAGCCAAGAAUCUCUGAUUUCGGUAUAGCUAGACUUUUCCAGAAAGAUGAAAAUGAAGCAAACACUGGAAAGAUUGUUGGGACUUAUGGUUGUGUUCCUCCAGAGUAUGUUAAACGAGGCGUAUACUCCAGGAAAUACGACGUUUAUAGCUUCGGAGUUCUGUUGUUGCAAAUCCUCGGUGGAAAGAAGAAUUCAUGUGAAUAUGGCAUCGAGAACAAUCUGAAUCUUCUUGAAUACGCAUAUGAACUUUGGCAAAAAGGCAAUGGAGUGGAUUUCAUUGAUCCAUCACUGCAAGAUGGUUUUCAAAUAGGUAAACAAUUGAGAUACAUACAAGUUGCACUAUUGUGUGUUCAAGAAAAAUGGGAAGAUAGACCAUCCAUGUUGGAGAUAUACUCCAUGCUCAAAAAUGAAAUUGAAGUCUUGCCAAAUCCUCAAGUUCCUGCCUUUUCCAAGAACAAAGAUGAUAUCGCGCCAGAGGCUUUAGUCACAAUUGAACUAGCUUGUUCGGAAAAUAGUCUCACUAUUUCCCAACUUAUAGCUCGUUAACACUUCAAAGUCUGCGUACAUCCUAUCCACUCGAGACUCCACUUGUGAGAUUACAUUGGGUAUGUUAUUGUUUAAUUAGUUUCAGGAAGCAUUUUCACCUCACAAAUGGUCUUUUUGCCUAUGUUGCCUUACUUGAUCUUAGGAAAUCUUUAAGUGUGAUGAAGGAAAAUUGUUUAAGUAGUACAUUGGAAUAUGAUGAAUGUGAGUCAUGAAGGAUUAUGCAGUACGACAACAAAUCCAGUGUAAUCGCAUGAGUGGAAAAUGGGGAGUUUGGUGUAUACCCAGACUUUAUCCCCUAACUUGUGAAGGUAGAGACGAUGAGCCUUGGCUCGAGUGUAGCAUCGUAAAGAAAUACCAGUUCUAACCAAAACAAGUUUUGCAGAUUUGUAUUUAACUAUACUCACCACUAGAAACAGAGUUUUUUUUCCACCGCGAAUCAAUGAGAAAUUUGUGCUAUAAAACAUGAUUUUUCCAACUCUAUUUUCAUCGAACCAAUUCACUGGAAAAAUGUAUGGUGAAAAACAAAUUCUCAUUGAAAUACUGAUAAUAACCACUAAACAUUUUUUUUUCUUUUCUCAUUGAUUCAAUUAAAAUUCUAUGGGAGUAGCCACUGGAUAUUUGAGUUCACAACACAACUUUUGGUCAUCAAAAUGUUCAGAAAACUUAUAUGCAUGUCUGUUUUUUUUCUUUUUUUUUUUUAACUAUUAACUUUCAAAAAUAGUCUCUCUAUCUGUACGAAUAGAGAUAAUAUUUGCAUACAUUCUACCUUUUCCAAACCUCGCUUGUAUGAAUACACUAGAUAUGACAUUGUUGUUGUAUUUUUUAAAAACUGCCACAAACAAACAUAGCAAACACAUUGGAAUACUUACAUCAAUGUGGAAACCUGAAAGUAUGAACUAAAAUAACGGCAUGUAUAUGUAAUGUAUGAAUUUUUUGUGAAAGGGCUAUGUACAAUGUACUUCAGGAUUUUUCUUUAUUAACAAAAAGUAGUGGAUAUUAUAGUUGAGAAAGUUCUAUGGACUAUGAACUGUAUAUACUAUAAAAAAUGUA